GAAAGGCCGAAAAGGAGAACAGAAGUGAAAAAGAAAACUGCUCUACACCACAAACGGACUCAUCAAUGGCGGCGGCUUCCACAGUAUUCGGUCGUCUUUCUUUGGCACCGAGUUUGUCCGUCAAACCUAAAUCGAAAAUUUACAGAAGAGCAAACACGAGGAAGUUGUCUGUUCGAGUUCAAGCUUCGUUCUCGGACCCUUUUGUACUUCAAUUAGCGGAAUCUCUUGAAGAUUCUCUCUCCGCUUCCCCUUCUUCUUCUUCGUCAUCGUCUUUGCCUCUCCAGAGGAUCCGAGAUUCUUCCGCUGAGAAUCUUCUCUCUACGCCAUGGCCGUCACGAAGAGACGAGCCUUUCCGUUUCACCGACACGUCAUUCAUCCGGCAUUCCCAGAUCGAACCCGUCUCGACCCAGCAACGAAAUUCGAAGAUCUUGGAGGACCUGACGGAAACCCAGUUCCCAAACGUCGUGAUAAUUGACGGGUUCGUUUCGAAUUUGGCCGUUGGCCCAUCCGAUUUGCCCGAUGGGGUUUAUGUCGGAAACUUUGCGGGCAUACCCGAUGAGAUUUCGAAUCGGGUAUCCGAAUUCAUCGGUAAUUUUGAUUCUGGUGAUCUCUUCUGGUCGAUUAACGGAAUGGGUGCACCGGAUUUGACGGUGAUUUAUGUUCCCGUGGGAUGUAGGGUAGAGAAUCCGAUUCUUUUGAGGUACUUCACCGGCGAGACCGGUGACCGGCAGUCGAAGCGGUUGCCGGUGUCGAAUCCUAGGGUUUUUGUGUUGGUGGAGGAAGGAGGAGAGAUUGGUAUAGUUGAGGAAUUUGUCGGAAAAGACAGAGACGGGUUCUAUUGGGCAAAUCCGGUUAUGGAAGUUGUGGCUCGAAAAGGUGCAAAAGUUAGUCAUUCUUACUUGCAGAGGGAAUCUAUGGCUGCUGCUCAUAUCAAGUGGACUUCUGUCCGACAGGAGACAGAUAGUACUUACGAGCUCGUGGAAGUGAGCACGGGUGGAAGAUUGGGGAGGCACAAUGUCCAUGUCCAGCAGCUGGGACCCGACACUGUGACAGAACUAACUACAUUUCAUCUGUGUUUUGAUGAGCAAACGCUGGAUUUACACAGUAGAAUUGUCUUGGACCAUCCACGUGGAUUUUCCCGGCAGCUUCACAAGUGCAUUGUGGCUCAUCCUUCAGGUCAAGCUGUUUUUGACGGCAAUGUCAGGGUUAACAAAUUCGCCCAACAGACAGAUGCUGGGCAAUUAACCCGAAGCCUCCUCUUGGAACCUCGAGCAACAGUGAACGUGAAACCAAACCUUCAGAUCAUAGCGGAUGAUGUGAAAUGCUCACAUGGAGCUGCGAUAAGUGAUCUGGACGAUGACCAGCUUUUCUAUUUCCAAGCUCGCGGGAUCGAUCUAGAAACUGCUAGAAGGGCCCUCAUACUAUCUUUCGGUUCUGAGGUUAUUGAACGGCUGCCUUGCGGAGAUACCCGUAACCGAGCCGAGGAUCAUGUGAAAGAAAUUGUUGCAUUCCGCACGUAAAAAAAGGUUACCGCAGUAACUGAAAGUUGUGAUCUUUUUGUAGAUAUAUUCAUCAAAGUUUUCAUGGUGAGACUGGGGAAAGGUAUGGAAGGGAUUGAUUGCUGAAAUCGGACAGGAAAUCUUUGAUGUCGGGUUUUUGGUUGUCAUUGUUGUUUGUUGCAGAUGUACAGUGGCCGAGGAGGAAGGAAGAAGUGAUCCCACAUCGAGAAAUUUCGAAUGUAAGCUUUACGAACUGGGACUUUAAUUUUAUUGGAAUUUUGGAUUAUUUCAA